GGCGAGACUGUGGAUGAGUGGUAUAGCUUAACUGGCAAACUUGGAGAUGGUCAAGAAGGCACAGUUAAUAUUGUCAUGUCAUACUCGACUGCCCCAAUCCUGCCUCACACAUUAAACAUGGGUCAAGUGAUGAUGGUGCCACCUGGUGCAUAUACCUACCCAGGUUACACAUCUGUUCCUGUCUACACACUUCCACCCACUCAUCACCUGCCUGCGUCCACACCACAGCCAGCUGUCAUAUCUGAGCAAGAUCUCAAACAGGUUGGUGAAAUGUUUCCUGGUGUGGAUGCUGAGGUUGUGAAAUCUGUGCUGGAGGCCUCACAGGGCAACAAAGAAGCUGCCAUCAACUCCCUUCUCCAGAUGCAGGAAUCCUGAGCAUUUUUUCUUUCCAUUGAAGAUGACCAACACAAUUGUGAAAUCAAAAUUUUAUUAAGCUGUUCUAUUAUACUGCAUCAUAAACUGUCAAAUUUGAGGUAUUUUUGACCAGAAAUAAGACAUACAGUACUGUAUCUUUGUGAAGUAUGUACUAUAUAUUUUUGCCCAGAUUUAUAUUAAACAAAUUAUUUUAAUGUACAUAAACAAUGCUAACAUCAAGGACAUAGCUUUUUAUUAAAUAGUUGCUUAUGAAUUUCUCUUAUAAUUUUUUAUUGUGUUGGUAUUGAUCUUUUUUGCAGUGAACAUCUAUGCUGAAUGGAUGUAAUAAAUUAGUGACAUAUGGUACAGUUUAUUAAAAAGUUUUCUGGUAUAGUGCAGUACAGUGUAAGUGUUGUGUUUACAGAGAGUUUUAUUUUGUGCAUUUUUUGCACAUGAAAGUUGUUUGAAUUUUAUUUUGUUUGGAUUUGAGAAUAUGUGCUGAAAUUAGGUAUGAUUUAAUUUGUUGGGAAAAUUGAGUUUGAUUUGAUAUAUCUGAAGAAUUGGGAAUGAUCAAUCUGAAAAAUUUGAUAUGAUCUAAUAUAAUGGAAAAAUAUAGGUAAGAUACUCUGUUGUAAAGAAUAUUACUUAGUUUGUUUACUUAAAAAAAUGUGUGUUGUCCAUUUUCUGGUAAUGAUAUAUUCCUUUUAGGUGAGAGAAGUUAUGUGAUACACUAUUUAUGUAUUAGCUCUAUUUAUAUUUUAAAAUAUUCUUGUAUCCAGUCUUUGUUUCCUCUCUUCUGGAGUAUAGGUGUUGCUCAUUAUUAUUACAAGUGCCUGCACAUAUUCUUAAAAUGAAGCUAGGUCUGGAUAUAAAAAUAAAUUAAAAAGUUUUUUUUUCUCUGUAAUAAUUAACUCAGUACCAUGCUCAAGUUGGACAAAUUGCACAGGAAUCAUGUCUAAGUAUCUCACUAUAUUUUAUGACUUACUGUGUUCAGGAUUGGCCACAUAUAAUAGCUUCUCCACACUUUUAACCAUUUCCUGAAUAUUCCUAAAGCCAGUUUUGGAUUUAAAUUGGGUAAAGCUCUUACUAUCUUAAUGCACAUAGAAUCAUGUGAAAAGGAUGUAAAAAUGAAACAUGAUGCUGAAAAUGUAUUUAAAAAUUCUUAAAGAAAUGAUGAUAUUGAUUAAUGCAUUCCUUUCACUGAAUGGAGUGUGAAAUUUGAGAAAAUGUGUAUGAACAUGUGGGGCUGUGAGUAGAUGUUAACUGAAAAGGCUAACCAAUAGGAUUAUACAUAGUCUCUUCACUUUUUAAUAGUCUGCCAGGAUGUCUGUGGCCAAUUGCUGUACAUGCAUUUAAUGUUGGUAGAUAUAAUAAUAGAGACUGAAGGUGAUUGGUAUUUCAGUUGGUUUUGAACUUGCUCCUCGAAGGAUAUACCUAGCUUGAUUUUGUCAGGUGUAUAUAAAAUAUUUAAAGAAUGAUGAUUUUUUUGUAACUACUGUUACUUUCCUUAGAUAAUGCUUCUUUACAUCAAAUAGUGUUGUUUUAAAACGUAUUCAUAUCGAAGAAUGGCAGUCCAUGUUAUGGCAAGUCACAUUAUAAUUCCUGCUGUGUAAAGGUAGUUUCAUAAUAAUGGUAUAUUGUUACAACAACAGUAAUGUACAUGUGCACUUGUGAAGUGUUACUGUGGUCAUUUUGUUCCCUCAGUUAAAAAUGUCCAUGAAUCUUUCAUGAGGUAUCAUAAGUCUGAUAGUGGCAUAAUGAAGUAUGCACGUAAGGGAUUAUUAAUCCUCUUUGACAUGUGUUUCUUACAGUUUACCACACAAAAUUUGUGAAAUAUAUCAUUGUAUUAUUCUUGAAAUGCUUUGUUAUUGAUGUAAUUCUGUAAUAUUAAUCAAAAUGUAAUAUGGCUUCUGAUUAUCCAGUUCCAUUGAUGGUUUUAUUUAUUACAUCAGCUAUUUCUAAUCUAGGCAGGGUAACCCAAAGAAAAUAACUGCAUUUUUGAGAAGGCCACAGACAUCUCUUUAAUGGUGGAUCAAAGACAUGAACAUAGUAAAAAAAUAUUAUUUAACAUUUUACCUACUGUGGGGGGUCUUGUUGAGGUUUUGUUGCACAGCAGGUGAAAUGUCAUGUGUCUCUCAUUGUCUCUCUGCCAGCUUUUGCCAUCUACUACCAUCACUGUCUAAUGUUAACCUAAGAAACUUCAACAUUCCCACUUCAUAAAGUGCAGGCACUGUACUUACCAGCCUUAAAAACUCUAGUCCAGCUAGCUGUCUUACCUGAAUAACAUUCCAGCAUGCUUUCACUCAUUUUGAUCAAACAUGCUCAUAUAUCUUCUGGAUGUUUAAGUCAGUACUUAUCAUUAUUAUUAUUAUAUUCACUGGAAAGUGCUACAUCCAUAGGGAUCAUACAAAGAUAGAGAAAGAGGUAAUCAGGUAUGAUUAAAGGGAAUGGGCACCCCUUUUGAUUCCCUCAAGGGAGGUUUCUUGAUGCUGGUGAAGGGGCUCGUGAUCUAAGGAACUGGACCUGUGCUCCAAUUCCUUGAAUCAGAUCUGAAUGCCUUCCAUUCUUCUGGGCACUGCAUGAUCCAUAUGGGCUUAGCAAGAAUGAAUGUGUGGCACCCAUCUUCCAACAACUCUGUUAACACUUCCUACACCUCUUUCGAUUCACCUCAAAAUUAUAAACACCUAGAUCCCCUAAUAUUGGCAUUAAUAAGAUAGUCUACCGAUUUAUAUUCCACUGAUAUGAACUUGUUGAUUUGUCAAAAACAUGAAAAAUGUGAAAUGUGGCUUACAUUAAUUCAACUUUUAAUAUAUGUGAGACCUUAAUCUUGAUUAGUUGAAAAUAUUACUAAGAUGACCUAAUGUUGUGAAUGCAUCAUUAUAUAGCUAUCUCUUGAUUGAGGUCAUAUAUUAAUGUGAGGCUUGCCUUAUAAUGAUAAAUAAAUCAUUAGUCAGA